AUGAGCAAUCAAAAACCUGAACACCAACAUGAAAAUCAAGCCUUGACAGACGCUGAAAAUCGCAUAAAAGAAGCGUGUGAGAUCCUUAAGCGAGAAACAAGUAGACUUCGACAGGAGCAAGAAUCCAUCGAUGCGAUGUCAAAGAAACUAGACCGGGUUCACUUUUCAUCCACUGUUAAACUCAACGUUGGUGGUCAGCACUUCACCACAAGUGUGCAGACGCUGAAAAAAGAUCCCAACUCGAUGCUUGCCGCCAUGUUUUCCGGCAAGUUUGAGAUGAAGCCUUCUGAAGACGGUUCUUUCUUUAUCGACCGAGAUGGAACUUACUUCCGGUUUAUACUAAAUUAUCUUCGUAACGGCGAACUUAUCUUGCCAGACGGUGCUACAUUCCUCAAGGAACUCGAAGCAGAAGCUAAGUUUUACCAACUUCAAGGGAUAUUGGACGAACUGAAGCCUAAAGAACCGAAAGUGUUCGAGGAGUCGGUGAUAAUGACGAACGAAGAGCAUUGA